AUGGCUCCCUCGAUCGAUUUCUCCUCCGAUUUCAGUCCGAUAGCCACCUCCACCAAACUUUCCCCCCUCAACACACAAUCACUCCCACGGACGCUUCUGCUUGCCCCGCCAUCCACCUCCAGCCAUGAAGAGAUCCUCCGACGGGUUCUGGGGUCCUACGACCGUACUGUCACGGAUCUGCAGAUGCUCGAUCGCCUCUCCGCGGGGCUCGUCACCCUCCCAGACUCAACCUACGAUCUGAUUAUGAUCCUGACUGAUGCCGACGGCACACGCACUGAAUCUACACAGCUGCUGGGACGAGAUGUAUUUGCGCGGAUCGUGCAGGCGCUCAAAGCGGGCGGAAAACUACAGGCGCAGGAUGGCACAUUUGGUCAGGCUGUCGGGAGCGAGGAGCUGAAAGAAGCUAUCUUGGCUGGAUUGGUCGCCGAGGGCGAUGCGAUGGUGAAGCCAGACUACAGUGCGAGUGAGGCCGUGCCCUUGCGCCUGAGGAGGAAGGACAAAAGUGUGGCCGUCUCAAAGGCGGGGCCCGCAGUGACAGCCGCAACUGUCCCGCUGAAUGGGAAGAGGAAGAGCGUAGACAUGUCGCAGACAAAGCCUCAGGGAGUAGGCUUUGUGGAUUUCAGUGAUGACUUUGGAACCCCUGUCAUUACUGGCGAGGAAGAUGAUGAUGACGAGCUGAUUGAUGAGGAUAAUCUUCUCACGGAAGAGGAUCUCAAGAGACCUGUCAAUAUUCCCCCCGAGUGCGUCCCAAGAGUCGGCAAACGCCGCCGAGCAUGCAAGGACUGUACCUGCGGCCUUGCUGAGAGGCUCGCCGCUGAAGAUGCAGAAAAGCGAUCGAAAGCCGAUGCCCAGCUCCAGACGUUGAAGCUCGGCGCAGACGAUCUCGCUGAGGUUGAUUUCACAGUCCAGGGAAAGGUCGGCUCGUGUGGAAACUGCAGCCUGGGAGACGCUUUCCGCUGCGAUGGCUGCCCUUAUAUUGGAAUGCCGGCUUUCAAGCCCGGCGAGGAGGUUAGACUCCUCAACAAUGAUGUGCAGUUGUAG